UUCAAUCGAACUUGAGAUUAGUCUUGAGAGUUUGGAAAGACUGUUGUUGUCCGCGAAGGACUACCGAUAGUUCGACCUCGGACGUUGCAGCAAAUACUUCGUCGCGAGCGCUUUCCUCAGCGAGUAAUGUGUUUAUAGUGCUAUAGGAAAGGGAUCGGUAUUUUUCUUCUUCUCGUAAAUUUGUAUAGUAGCAAUUAUUCCUUCCCAAUCUACAUAAACAAAGGAACGGUAAACUUCACAGCCACGCACAAGAGAAUUUCGAAAUGAAUUUAUCGUUUGCUGGAUGUGGCUUCCUUGGUAUUUACCACGUUGGUGUAGCAGUGUGCUUUAAGAAAUAUGCUCCACACUUGCUCUUGGAUAAGAUUAGUGGUGCAUCGGCUGGUGCUAUCGCUGCUUGCUGUCUUCUUUGUGAUUUACCCCUCGGGGAGAUUACGAGUAACGUCCUGCGAGUAGCGCGCGAAGCACGACAAAGCACUCUUGGUCCGUUUAGUCCAUCCUUUAAUGUACAAGCAAUAUUGUUAGAAAGUUUGCAAAAGUUCCUUCCCGACGACGCUCACAUUCGAGUGAGCGGUAAACUUCACGUCUCCUUGACGAGAGUAUACGAUGGAAAAAAUGUAAUUGUGUCAAGAUUCUCUUCUAGGGAAGAUUUAUUGCAGGCAUUGAUGGCAAGUACAUUUAUUCCAUUUUUCUCUGGUCUCUUUCCACCACGAUUUCAUGGGAUUAGAUACAUAGAUGGUGGUUUCAGUGACAAUCUCCCUACACUUGAUGAAAAUACAAUUACUGUUAGCCCUUUUUGUGGUGAAAGCGAUAUCUGUCCUAGAGAUGUGUCUUCCCAACUAUUUCAUGUCAAUUUUGCAAAUACUAGUAUAGAACUUUCAAAACAAAACAUAUACAGGUUUGCAAGAAUACUUUUUCCACCUAAUCCAGAGAGUCUAUCAAAUAUGUGCAAGCAAGGAUUUGAUGAUGCAUUAACAUUUUUACAUCGUAAUAAUUUACUUAAUUGCACUCGAUGUCUGGCUGUUCAGUCUACAUAUGUAGUCUCUGAAACUCUCGAUGAUAACAUAGAAUAUGAUCCUGAGUGUGCGGAAUGUAAAAUGCAUAGACAGGAAGCAUUAGUAUCUAAGUUACCUGAAACAGUUAUGACCAUAUUUCAAGAUGCAAUCGAUUCCGCUAAUAAAGGCUUUAUUAACUGGUUGUUCAAUCAGCGAAGUGUAAAACUCUUAUCGUUACUUAGUUUGCCAUACACUUUGCCUGCAGACGUUGUGUAUGCAACUUUGACCAAUUUGAUUGGUAACAAGAUAGAUACUCGCACCUUGGAAUACAAAGUAGUUGGAAAUGUUCUUCUUACACCACCACCGAUGAUUUCUUGUACUAUACAUAGCAAACCUUCUCGAUUCAUUUUAAGUGUUCCAAAAUUACGAAAAAAUUUGUUAGAACUGAGAACAUUUUUCCUGGAACAGUUGAGUAUGCUAUUCCCAAAAAUUAACAUAUAUUAUCAACGAAUGCCACAGACUAUUAAGUGUCAUUUAGCUUUUAUAGAAUAUGGAUCAAAUAUUUACAGUAAGGGAGCACUGGAUGAGGCUGAUAGUAUAUACAACAAUCAAAAGCAUCUAAAUCUAACUUUGCAGUACAAUGAAAUGCAACCAUGGAAGGAUCACCACACGACUACAUCAAAGUGUGUCAUAAAUAUGUCCGAACUUUCACCAGUUGAUGAUACCUUAGAAGAUAUUUUACAGGUAACUACGGAACAAGAAGCUGUUAUGACAUAUUAUUACAUGGAUGAUAACAAUAAAGUGCAAGUAACAGAAAUAUACGAUGUAACAGACUCGGAAUCGCAUACAAUGCUGUCUGUAGAUGAAGUUGAGAACAAUAAAAAAUUGCAGUUUGAUGAAUGGGAUGAUCCCACGUGGUUUUCUCAACAUACGCUUAACGAUGUUCUUACCGCCGAGUCUUUAUACACUGAUGGGAAUGAGCAGAGCAUGGAGGAUUUAUCAGAUAUAUCUUUAGAGGAUGAUAUUCUAGGAGGGUCAAAUACAUUGAGUAUACACGACAAAUAAUUUUUUUCGUGAUUAUGCAGAUGAAGGCUGUAUACAUGUUGUGUAGGCCUAUCUUUUCUAACGUUACGAAAUAUUCAUCUACUUUCACAGUUAAAUGUUAUCACUUUUUAGUAAUAGCUACUACUGCUAUUCAACGUUAAUACUUUUUUUUAUAAACUUUGAUAAAUUAAGGUACUUGAAAAGAUCAAAGGUUUACAUGCACAAUUUUAUAAGACAAAAUAAACUUAUGACCUGGGUUACACGCUGAUAAAUAUAAGAUACGUAAGUUAAUGUGAAGUAUUUUUAGCGCAGCAUACACCGUAUUUUACUAUUAAUAAAUUUUGUUAGAGAAA